AUGACCCAUCCGUCACCACAAACAUCAAACUUGUUGUUACCGCAAACAACAUCUGAUCCUAAACAGGUGGUUGAUUUCAUAGCGCAAGAAGAAAAACGAAAAUACAAGGCAGGUAUAUGUUUGUUGAUUAUAUCGGUUGGAGCAUGGAUUAUUGGUUUAGAAUUGGUCAACAGUGUCUUGAAAAGCGACGAAUAUAGAAAGCCAAUCUUUUUUGCUAUCAUUACAGGUUCCUGCUUCUCGUUGAAUUUCUUGUAUGAUUUGUUUCAAUUCAUAUGGAUGAGGAAACCAGAGAUGCACCAGCCAUUGUUAGACACGGAUAAAUACAAUUAUCAAGAGAGCACAGCCAUGUCACUGAGGGAAGUCUUGGUCCUAGCAUGGCAAAUUGCUACAAUCUAUUUCCUUUACAAUAUAUUUGCAAUGGAGGCGCUAAGAUUCACCUCAGCAUCCACUCAAACAGUGAUUGGAUCUUUAACUUCUGUGUUCACGUUAAUCAUUGGCGUCAUAAUCAAGACUGAACGGUUUUCCAAAACAAAAGCCGUGUGCGUUGUUGUAAGUUGCUGUGGCGUGUUUUUAGUCAACUUGAGCUCGGUGGCUGACCCAAGUAGCGGUCACAAGUAUACUCCAAAAAACCCUAAGCUUGGGAAUAUAUUGGCAUUGGGUGGCGCUUUGUUCUAUGCAUUUUACUUGUUGACUAUGAAAUUUAAGUGUGGUGGGUCCAAAACAACAAACGAAAGGAGGUUGUUUGGUUAUGUUGGGGUGAUUACUUUUGUAAUGGGUAUGCCUAUAUUGUACCUUGCAGAUACACUUGGAGUUGAAAAGUUUGAGCUUCCACCAAACCACACCAUUGUGUUAAUUAUUCUUGCUAAUGGUGUCCUCACAGUGGUGUCAGACUACACGUCCAUUUUGGCCAUGUUGUUGACCAGUCCCUUGGUUGUGUCCUUGACGCUAACCAGUUCAAUCCCAAUUACCAUCUUCAUUGAUUAUGUUGUGUUGAUAUACUCUCAUGAGCCCAUUAAUACCAGCUCAGUAUACAUAUUGGGUAUCCUGUGCAUAGUCGUUGCUGUCCUUCUUGUAAAUAUCAAUGUGGCAUCGGAAAACACUUUGAUUGAGGAAAUUAUAGAAGACACAUUGGAGUCGGCAAUUCACAAUGAUGAACUCAUGUCACCCAUAUUAUCGCCUCUCCUUGGCAGAUACCACAACCUGAUCAAAUCGCCGUUACAAAUGAUAUUCAGUCCAGAGAUGACAGAUCAGCAAUACCCAAUUCCAACAACCAUAACUGCAUUCAACCUCAAUGGAAACGAUGAAAGCCCUCCAACACGAAACUUGAACCACCAUCCUUCAAUGUACACCACCGAACCAGACGCGCCUAAUCUACUCGUUUCAAGGGGACAGAAUCAUACAUACGAUAUUCAAAUAAUAUAA